UUAUGACAGGAGCUUGCGGGUUGGUAGAAAUCUGCCGGGCUUUGGACAUGGAGAAUUUUAAAGGAUGAAAGUGAUUGUGUGGUUCUGUGAUUGAAAAGCGACUCCGUUUGCAGAGUUUAUGGGACGAUGCACUGUAUUCACCCGGGGGGUGGAUGAGGCGGUCUGAGGGAGGAAAGAGAGGCGGUAGGAGCUCGGAGGAGGGGAGGGGGCGUCAUUCAGAACAGCUGAAGAAAGGCAGCGGAGGUGGGAGGACGAGGGGUGGUCCUUCAAUGACAUGUGUGUCAGUGUUGAAAUGAGAGUGGAACUCUCUUUCAGCUCAUUCUGCAGGCUGACGGAGGAGCGCUGGAGGCCGACUUUGGUCUUUAGGACAGAAGACGGAGAAAAGAGAACGAAUUCAGUGCUGAAGAGGAGAAAGGAUACCUCUAGUAUUUGUAGUUAGCUGCAUAUCUGUGCAUCUUUUACAAUAUUCUUGUAAAGGAUCGGUCUCCCAAUGCUUGGAACAAUUACUUUAACAGUCGGCCAGCCGGAUGGUGGGACUGUGGCUCCGAAAGAGGAGGCGCCAGAGAACAUGGACACCCUCCCAGAUGAAGUGACUCCCCAGCUGAAUGGGGAGAAACUGGACAAGGAGUCCCCAGAGGCAAACAGUCUAUCUUCCGUAGAAGUAAAGUCAACAGAGGAGAAAGGAGAGGACCCAGGUGAAGUUGGCUUCAAGAAAAUCUUUACAAUUGUGGGCUUGAAAUUCACAGUUAAGAAGGAUAAAAGUGAGGAAACAGACCCUGUGAAGCUGCUGACAGUUAAAGACAAAGACGGAGAGGAGGUCAGUGAAACGGACGAACCGACAAAGGAGAAGGAGACUGAAACCGAAGAGGAGGACAGCAAAACAGAGACAAUGGAAACAGAAAAGGAGACAUCAACAUCUAAAGAACCAGAAAAGGCAGAAACUCCUGAUGGUACUUCUGCUGAAGCGUCCAUCGAAGGAGCCAAGGCAGAAGGAGCCAAGACAGAAGGAGCCAAGACAGAAGAAGUCGAGAAGGAAAGCGAAACCCCUCCCACACCAAAGGAGACCAUUUCACCGUUCAGGAAGCUUUUCUUUGUUGGACUCUUUUCUAACCUUAGAAAGAAAAGCAGCCUUAGGAGGAUGAAAGAGGAGGAGGAGGCGGCAAAGGCAAAUGAGACAGCUGAAGCAAAAGAGGAAAAUGAUGUAAAGGAAGAGAAAACUAAGGAGGAGAACGCUGAGUCGGAGCAGGAAGUCAAGAGUGAGGCGUCGGCAACUCCUGUCGAGGAACAACUAGAGCCAAAAGAAGAGGCGACAACCCCUCCAAAAGAAGAAAAGUCCGACACAGCCGCAGAAGCUCCGGCUGAAACCUCGUCUCCCACAGAUACUACUGAUGAAAGCAAACCAGAGGACCAAAAGGCAGAAGCUGCAGCUAAAGACGAGGCAGCACCAGCAGAGGUGACCUCAGAGGCGGAGCUGCAAUCCUCACAGGAGAAGACAAAGAUUCACGGAAGUCCUCUGAAGAAACUCUUCACUGGAAGUGGCUUAAAGAAACUCUCAACAAAGAGACAGAAGAGCAAAAAAGAUACUGGUGAACAACUUCAGUCCUCCACAGAGUCAGAAGAAGGUCCAAAAGCUGAAAGCGGGCCCUCUUCUCCUGAGAGCCCUGCAACCGGAGAGCCCGUCACAGAGGGUAAUCAGAACGAGUCCAGCCAAGAAACUGAAGGUGAAGUUGCGUCCGACGGUGAGAAGAAAAAGGACAGUGUCAUCGCCUCCUUUAGGAAGCUGGUAACUCCGAAGAAGCACGCGAAAAGAUUAUCUGACAGCGAUGACGAAGCCACAAGUGACAAACCAGCCAAGUCAGCAACGCUGUCUUCUUCCGAGAGCGCUCCGUUAGCAGAAAAGGGUGAUGAAGAGGAGACGAAGGAGGAAAAGGUCCCUGAAGAAGAGCCAAAGACCGACAACUCGGAGAAGCUAACCACCAGCACAGAAGAGGCCAAAAAGAAAAUGGACACAUCUGUUUCCUGGGAAGCUCUGAUGUGUAUGGGCGGACCCAAGAAGAGGACAAGGAAGACUUCUGAUUCUGAUGAUGAUGAGACCAAAGCAGAAGAAGAAGCUCCAGCAGCAGCAGAAGCAGCAGAAGAAGAAGGAGGGCAAGAGGAGAAAAUCGAACCUGCUGCCGUCACUCCCCAAGAAACUGAGAGUGAAGCAGCAGCUGCUCCAGCACCUGAGCCAGUAAGCGCCCCCCCAGUCAGAGAAUCCCCCUGGGCCACAUUGAAACGCUUAGUUGCAUCAAAAAACAAGCCCAAAGUUGAGGUCAAGCCUGAGAGCUCCGCUGAACUAGUCCAACCAGAAGCUGAAGCACCAAAAGAGGAGUCCUCCUUCUCUUUGAAAAAGCUAUUCCCUGGACGCAAGAAGAAAGUGGUUGAAAAGCCGCCCUCACCAGAGCAAGAGGAAGACUCUGAAACCCCAGCUGUGGUUCCUCUGUCAGAGUAUGACGACCAAACUCCAGCAGAGCAGGUGUCACCAGAGGAGACAGCUGAAGUCCAGAACAAAGUCUCGGCAGAAGACAGAACUCCAUCAUGGAUUCCAGCCUCUGUUGAAGAUGCUGACGAUAGACGUGAUCAGCUUAGUGACAUCACAGAAGAGGCAGAGAACGCCGCCACGCCAAAGUCUAUUGACACCGACAACACUGAGGAUGACACCGACGACAUAGUACCACCACCAAAUCGAGGGAACAUGGGACGCAGGCUGUCCACUGCCGAGGUGAAGCCGAUCACUCCAGCCCCUGAUGCCUCAACCUCUCCUGUUCCCAAGAGCCCAGAGACGGAGAGUGCAGUGGAAACGUUGGGUCGUAUCAAGCCCCAGAUCAGUGAAGUGCCAUUCCAGACCUGUGUGACUGUUGAAGAUCCACCAGUAAAUGUAGCCACUGUUGCAAUUGAACAAGAACCUGAAACAGAUAUUAUAGAAUCGACGACAAAAACAUUUCUGGAGGCACACAAGCGUAGUGAUGCUACGGCCAUCUGCAUCGGCCUAGAGACGAAGGAGUCUGUGGAUCCACCAGUGGAGGAGCCCGUAGAGCCCACUGUAGAGUCGGCACCGGCACUCAAAAGCGCUCAGACCACCGAGCUGGCUGUGCAAGAGAAGUCAGACGCUGUGGAGGAGGCAAGUGUCUCGGAAGACGCCGUGUUUAACGCUCACGUCCACCAAGUGCAAAUCCUUGAGCUUGAGCGAGUUGCGGAAGACUUAGCCAUCCAGGGUGCAGAGAUUCAAGCCGCAAGAGAGAGCUUUGAAUCAGAGAUCGAGAAGAUUGGAGUCGUCAGCAUAGAAAACUCUGAGGUCAUCCAGCCCGUCACGCUGAAGGAGAACUCCCCUAAAGCCGUGGCAGUCGAUCCCAUUUCACCCACCCUUGAAAGCACUCCCUGCUCCCAGAGCGCGGAAGUCUCUGAAGUAACCGUGGAAAGCAAGGAAAAGCAUGUGAGCACAGAAAAGCUUUCUGCCACUGGAGAGAACACCCCCGUGAGGGCGAUGCUCCAGGUCGUAGCGGGCGAGGCGACACCCAACAACCGAAAAGGGGGUGAAACAGCCAUCACUGCCAUUGUGCCGAGCGAGGAAUCCGCCGUUAUGAUGGAUACGGUUGUUCUUGUCGCCCCCGAGGAAAAAGCAACAUCAUCAGUGAGUAAAGCGUCAAUGUCCGAUACUUUUGUCUCAGCGAAAAAGAUGUCAAGGAAAGUCAAAGAAGAGGUCCACCGGGACAAAGAGAUAGAGAAUCGAAGUGCGGAGAUUGCCCAAACUGUCAUUCAAGAUGCUGUGGACAAAGUGUCAGAGGAUGGGCCUACAGGGAAUAACGCUGACAAGCCAGGAAGCCUCAUUCCAACACCGGUUAAGGCAAUAGCCACAACGGAGAAGGAGGUUGAGGUUGCAACCGAGCCAGUGGUCAUCACAGACACUCCUUCUCCUGUUUUGUGUAAAAAAACAGUCAAGAAAGCACCUGUGCAGCUUUGUGUCGCCACAGAGGUCACUGAAAGUAUCCCGAUUGAGGUGAUUGAGACUCUUGAGGGGGAAAAGGGCGUAGGGAAGGAGAAGAAAUUGGAAAAGCGAUUGAAGACGGCUGAAAUCAAAGUAAGUGAAGAAACUGUCGUAGAGGAAGAAGUUGGAGAGAUUGGUGGAAAGAGAGAGAAGUCUAAGAAGGGUGAUGGUGGAAAAACACAGCCUGAGGAAAAAAAGGCCAUCCACAUGCCGAUCCAGGUGGUCCUGCAGGAAGCGGAGGAGGUCGAGGAGCCUCCAGUGGAAGUGGAAGUCACCUCCGAGCUGAACGGGGAGAGCAGCCCGUCUGCGAAGAACCCUCCGAGAAUAAAAAAGCUGUCGUCGCUGUCAGAGGAACCUCAAGUACCGGGCUCAGAAGAAGCUGCCGGUUGCAACCAAGACACAGAAACAACAGGAAGCAAGUCCUCAGUCAAGUGUGCGGAAGUCAUGGCGCAAGUGAUCGAGGUGAUCGAGGAAGCGGUGAAGGAGAUUGAGCCUAUGUCCACAGAGCUCACAGCAGCAUCAUGAGCAGCUGGAGCUACAAGAGCGAUGCCUGGGAGACCCACAGCCAAGACCAGGACGUGACUGAUGUGGAGGAGAGCGUGAGAGGGACACGGAGCGAGCAACGUCCACGCCGCUCUCUCCCACCUGGACGAGCCACCGUCGUGACCUCACUCACACGCAUGCCCUGCACCUCAGGAGCACCCCGCCUCGCUUCGGAUCACUUUCGGUGUCUCAGAGACUCUGCGUUUCAAAAAAAAAAAGAAAAAAAAAUUCUCCACCCUGUUUCAGGGUGUGUGUGCAAAAUAGUGUGGAUUUUUACAUACAGGAAUGAGGUUUCAAGGGGCGAAAAAAAUGUCUUCUACUUUGUAUUUAUAUUUUUGAGUAUCCAUCGACUUUUGUUUUUCCUUUUAUUCCAUCGGCAAAUGUCCUAGUUUUCACUUUGCUGUAAUCCGCCAGGUAUGUUUUUCCUUUUUUAGUCUAUUAGCAUUUAAGUGUCAUGCACAGAAGCCUCUUAAAGGUUUAUUGUAGGAGCCAUUAUUUAAGGGUUUGUAGCAAAUAAGCCAUGGUACAAGUGCGACUCUACAGGCAAAGAAAUAUCUCAAAAUCGACAAUUUUUGUAAGUCACCCUGACUAAACAUGUAGAUAAACAAUCACUGCCUGAAUUACUGUGAAAAAACUUUACUUCAUGUCUCAAUAAACUAUUAUGCUCAUUAAGUUGUGGCAGAGGAUUGUGGGAAAUGUAGUGUUCGAAGAAACUAUUAGAGAUGUGCAUUUAUGACACAAAAUAUAAAGCUUUUAUUCACAUUAGCUUGUAAAAAGAGGAGUUUAACACCCUCUGCUGUAGAUGGAAAGGAGUGCACCCUUUAGGUGAAUUUGGUGUAAAAGAUUGCAACUUUUGUGCUCCUCAACCAACAGCCCCAUUGCUCAGGUUGUUUUUCAGCUGGCACCAGAGAGGACGGAAACCAAGAUGGUUCAGACAGGCACAAACUGCAUGGUACCAGAAAUAAAUACAAAAGCUCAUUUUGCUCUUGAUUUAAAAGCCAAAUCGAGUUAAAAUUAAUCAGGGAGCCAUGGUCUUUCCAUCGAUCACAGGACAAGACAUCAGUUGCAUCCAAUUAGUUUCCCCAAAGCUUCCACACAGCUCCUUCAAUUCAGGCAUCAAAUCUUAGCUGUAAGGUCAGGGCUUAUUCUGCAAAUUUAUUUACAAAGAGGGGGAUGUUUUAGGAAAGGUCCUGCAAGCACUAAAGCAGACAUGUGACCUUGUUAGAGCUGGUAUUUGUGUUUUUUCCAAUUAAGUCAGAAAAACGGCACAUUUUUUUUUAAUCAUGCGACGAUCAUGAGGGUGCUUUCAUACCCUCCCGAAUUCAAUUAAUGCAACCAAAUCAGUCAGAAAGUUUGCACCCUGUCACAUUCUUUUCACUCUGCCUGUAAUAAAUGACCAUAAAAAACAAAACAAAAAAUUGUUUAUCAUGUUUGUUGUAAACCAUCUUCAUCCACUGUUGAUUCUCCAUCCUUUCGUAACACAUAACUGUGAACCUGGUAACAUUUGUACAGAUUGUAUACCUACUGUAUGUAGCUAAAUCUUAUUGUUUUAACAUUAACAAGUAACCUGCAGCCAUUUAGCAUAACAUUCAUGUAGCAUGGUCUUAUGUCUUUUAUAUCUUCUGAGCUGUUAAAUAGUACAAAUUCAGAAAAGUCUAUGUUUCAUUCAAUAAAGAGAAAAAUUUG